CUUCCAUGAAAUGGGGGCACUGGUGCAGUUAGCAUCCAAAACAACAGGUGGCGGCAAUGCUAAUUUACUACGAAUAUUACUAGCCGAUAGUUUAUAGAAGAAGAAUUUGUUCCUGGAGUGUGUGUGGGAGGCUGGAACAUGGAAGAUGAGGAGGUUACGGAGAAUUGGGAGGAAGCAGCGGACAGCGGGGAAAUGGAGAGAAGACUGGAGGAGAAACUGAGGAUCAGCCAGAAAGAGAAGAUGUCUAGCGCCGGUUCGGGACGCUCCCCGCUGAGGACGCCCAUCGUGAUCCAGGACGACUCGCUCCCCGCGGCCCCUCCCCCGCAGAUCCGCAUCCUGAAGCGGCCGUCCAGCAACGGCUCGCUGGGGUCCCCGGCCGCCGCCAUGCGCCCCGUCCCGCAGGUGAAGUCCCUCGCCCAGCGGGAGGCCGAGUACGCCGAGGCCCGCCGGCGCAUCCUGGGCAGCGCCACGCCCGACGACUCGCCGCAGGACAGGCCCAACGCGGACAGGCCAGCGCGAGUGAGUGGUCCCCCGCCCUCGGAGGAGUCCCGAUCAACCAAUCACGUGGUCCGGCAGCCGGCAGGCCCCGACGGUACGCAAGGCUUCCGCCAGCGCAGAUAGAGGGGGGGGCACAUCCUGCCUGGGGAGGGAGGGAGGGAGGAGGAGGAGAGCAGAACAGAGAGGGGGUGGGGUGAUGGGCGAAUGUCAAAGGGGGGGGGAACCAAUCAAAAUGACGAUAUCGAUUUUUAAUCAGGGAGGGGAGACGUAGAACAGGAUCAUGUAUGCAUUUCCUCUCCUCCCCUCUCCUCUUCCCCCAUCUCUCCCCCUGCCAGGAGGUGUUAGCAAGGUUAGGGCAGGAUGCUAAUAGCAAGGGAAAGGGAGAUGAGGAGUGUGGGGCAAGGAAUCCCCCCCCCCCCCCUCGGUCAACACUGUGAUGAGGACAUUGCUCGUUUAGGACACGGUUCACUGUGAUAUCCCCCUUUAAAAACUCCCUCCCUAUACAAAUUCCCCAUUCCCCAAUACCCCACCCUCCUCCUCACCUGCCUCCCCCACCCAACCCCCACCCCACUGUGACUGGCACCCUGUUGCUGGGAGACAAAAACCUUUUGCGCGGGGGGUCAUGACCGACCAAUCCCAGGACAUUAGGCUUGGAUAACUCUGCAGGAAGAAGAAGAGCGAAAGACUUUGAGUUUGUAAAGGGGCGGAGUUCGGAAGCGGUUGAAGAGUGCUCGAGUGCGGCAUUGGAUCAGAGAAACCAAGAGGCGACAGAAGUGCACUCGCAUCGGAAGAGGGGGUCACACUGGGUGCUGGCAUCUCCCAGCAAUAAUACGAAUAACAUCAUUAACGAUAAUCACACCUUCCUGCACUCUACACCUGGCAGUGUUUUAAACCUAUGUGUUUUUUUUUUUUAAUUUAAUUUUAAUUUCAUGUUUUUUGGUGACUUUGCUAAUUACACUUGUAGUUUUUAAAUUGGGAGAGGGAGAAUUAAGAUGGCGAGCUUAAGACGAUUGUUGGAUUUCUGUACAGUUCUAUUGUUUACGGUUUUUUCUUUUUUUUAAUUAUUAUUAUUUUGCCUUCCCUGUGUCUUCCUGUCCUGGUUUCUAUUUAUAAACAAAAUGAAUUAACACAGCAAAACGGAAUGACAGAAUAGUGACAAACAAAUCAGUUGGCGGAGUGAAGUCAGUUUUUAAAGUGGUGUUUUUUUAUUUUAUUUUAUUUUAUUUUAUUUUAUUUUUUGGGGGGUAGUUAUUAAGGAAUAGUUUUUUAAAAUUGAAAUCAGCCACAACAGGAAAUGGAUGCUUUGGAAAAACCUCAUCCUGUAAAUAGCAGUAUGUCCACACUUUGGAGCGGUACUGGAGGGAACUGAAUGGUCAGAAAUGCAUGGAGGAAAAAGGAUUUUCUCUGAGUAUUGCUUUGUUUAGCGUAUUUAGACACUUAAUGAAGAUUUAAAGAUAUCCUUCGUACUACUCUUUAAAAAAAACAUUUUAAAAAAUCAUACAUCUGCAGUCAACAGCAUCCUCCAUUUGUUCCGAUGUGCAUUACAAACAGGAACUCAGGUGCAUGUUAUGGAGAUUGAAGGAGAUCUGAAGUUAAGACUUUAACUCGCAUGGGGAAAAGAGGAUCUUCAUUCUCUGAUACCAGUUUGAAAAUUAUGGGCAAGCUAAGGAGAUUGUUGAAAAUGAUUAUUUUUUAAAUAUAUAAAAUUUUUGUAGCGGGUCGCAAGUUUAUUGGACCUAGUGGAAAGGCGAACUGUCCCACUCCUGUGGAGAGGGACAGAACUGUGUGGAAAUUUAUACAGCCCCCCCCCCCCCCACCAACGGUUUGUGUGUGAAUCAUAGUUUGUUUUGAGACAAAUGUCUUGACUGUUUAAUGAAUUGUGCUGGAACCGACAUGGAUUGUACGCGUUUCACACAGAUGUGUAUUUUUCUUUAGAGCGUUUGACCUUCCCCCCGUUCCCCGUACGCUGGGCUGCUGUGAUUUUAAAACGGCCAUUUUGUUUGUUUUUUUAGACCUCCACCCCCCCCCCCCGAUCUUUUUUACAUCAGUGGUGGUCGACUCCUGAAUAGUUCCUGGAGUUCUCCAUCCUGUGGGUUUUCAUUUGAACCCUAAUUUUGCACACCUGACUCUGCUAAUUAGCAGCUCAUCAAGACCUCUAGCUGUUGAACGAGGUGUGUGUGCUUUGUUAGGGCUGGAGUGAAACCCUACAGGACGGUAGAUCUCCAGGAACAGGGUCGGCUGCGACUGCUUUACAUCUUGCUGACCGUUGACUCGCUUUGCGGCAGCCGGUGCGAGACCCCACGUACCUGCCUGGGGAGUGUGACAAAAUGGCCGUUGGCUCGCAGCCACCCGGACACAGGUUAAAGAUGGUCAGUGUUUGUUUCACCCCGAGGAAGAACAAAAUCAGUCUGUAAAUACUUUAAAAGAUGCCCGUUUAAUAAAAAAAUGAUUUUAAAAAAAAA